GUUGUUCUUGUUCAAACUGUCAGGAGGCAGCUGGGACUUAAGACUGAAGGAGAAAGGGCAGUAAAUUGAGCAGAUUAUAUCAGCAGAUCUACGGGACGAUUGUCAGAGCCCAUUCAGUCAGGGAGGGGAGACAGGCGGCAGCUGUGGGCUCUGGAAAGACUAUAGUUUUCUGUCAGCGAGGGAUGGAAGGGGCUCAUGUAUCAGACAGAGAGCAGGGGGGCUGACACUGGGCAGGUGAGAUGCACAGCAGGUAAUCUGGAUGCGAGGGCUCCAGGAAAUUUUGUCCUGUUUUCCCAAAAAGUCGCGAGGAUAUGGAUUCCUUGUCAGACACAGACAGAGUGCUUCAGAGGAAGAGAAGAUGUACAAAUGCAGUAAUAGGAUUCAUAUUUCUGCUUAAUGGCAUAGAAUAUGCUGUUAUCCUGCCCACUAUAUGGAUGUAUCUACAGUCGUUGGAUGCUGAGCCUGUCUUUUUGGGCCUAGUUCUUUCAGCCUUCAGUUUCACUGAACUACUGGUUGGACCUUUAUUUGGCUAUUGGUCAGAUAGAACUGGACAGACAAAAAGCGUUAUCAUACUAAGCAACUUCUUUGAGAUCGCAGGAAAUUUAAUGUACUUUGUUGGAAUCUCCAAGUGGUUCCUUCUCUGCAGUCGCCUUGUUGCAGGUGUUGGUUCAGGGGCAGGCGCUUCAAUAUUUGGUUAUCUGACUCGGUUAUCCAGCAACAAAGAGCGCCUACCAGUGUUUGCUUUGGCCAUGGCUUGUCGGCAAGUUGGGCUUCUUAUAGGUCCUGCAUUUAAUGUGUUUCUGAGAUACUGUGAUUUCCAAAUUGGACCAUUCCAUGUAGACAAAUACUCCGCUCCAGGUAUCUUUAUGUGUGCUCUUUGGAUUCUUAUGCAACCAUUGGUGCUUUUCAUGUUUCAUGACAUCAAGCUGACCCCUCCAAAUGCACAUGAUGAGGAACAGGACCCUCUGUUGUAUCAGAGAGAUAUUGGAAAUGAAGGGUGUAAUAACGUGUAUGGCACCCUCCACCAUAAUCAUGUAACAGACCAUGCUGCUUUAAAUUCCUCCACGGAUGAUAAAGCUCUAUCGUCUUCCUCGUCUACGGGGGAUAUUUACUCCACAUUCCCAAAUAUCACCAAGGAUUCAGAACCUGAGGAUAUAAGAAAAGAGUCUCUUAAGGAUCGGUUAAGUGGGCUUCUACGGGAAGAGGUGGUUGUACUCCUGACUGCACAAUUUGUAACCCUUUUUAAUCAAACAGCACUGGAAACACUGGUUACUCCUCUCGCUCAGACAUACCUUGGAUUCCAGGAUCUGCAGAACUCACUCCUUUAUUUCCUUUGUGGCAUUGAGAUGCUGAUUGGGUUCCUUGUUGUCCGUGCCCUUGGUCGCUGCACUUCAGAUCGUCUGCUUCUCAUAUUUGGGCUCUUUGUCUGUAACAUCUCCUGUAUUUGGUGCCUUGUCUUUAUGGCAAAACCCAGAGGAAGCUAUGGAUUUUUGUUAGCGGAGUUUGUGGUUGGGGUUUUCCUCCAAGUUCUUGGACUGCCGUUUGUGGCUGCAUGUCAGGUAUCUCUGUUCUCCAAAGUGACCGCUAAAAAUACCCAGGGAUUCAAUCAUGGACUGAGAAGGUCUGUUGGUGGUUUGGCCACAAUUCUAGGACCCUUAUGGGCAGCAGGUUUAAUAGAUGAGCUCUAUCUAAUGCUGGGAGUCAUGAUGGGCCUGUUGGUUCUUCUCACCGUAAUGGUCAGCUUCUCCUUCAGAUACCUGGUGGACCCUGAUUCAUCGGACAUUCAGCCGCAAUGAACAAAUGAAGAGAGGCAACUUUAUAAUAUCGCACUGACACAGUACUGCUUCCACUGGACUCUGAGAUUAUCUCUCAACUGCUGCAAUGAUUAUGUACAGAUACCACUUAAUUAAGUAAAUAAUACUAUCCAAUCCCCAAGACCACGUGAUACAGGAAAUCUAUUAUGCUACCAUUUAAAGAAAACAUAAGGGUAGGAUUAAACCUUAGCAUGAGCUAAUGAAUCCAUUCUCCAAACAAAUGGCACAUGGGUUGAUUUUGGGUACUUUGGCCUCUAUGACUUUUCAUAGCUCGGGAUAUGACCAAAUAACUCUGUAUCAUCUGCUAUCGUUCUUCUUCUGAAAGAGGUGGGGCAGGCACUUGUUAAAUUUGCUGUAUGGGAACAGCAGUCCAUGUUUUCAAGAAACAGUCUCCUGAAAAUGCUCACAUUGGUGCCACCUCCUUAGAUAAAAAUUGAGGUUGAAAAAAUCACCCCAUGUGCCAAUAAUGCAAGUGUUAAAAUCUGCCUAAAAAUAUUCUUUAUUUUCACCACUUAAACAUCAAUUAAAUUUAAUUUUAAUGUGUGCAGAAAGGUUAUGCAGGCUCUAAAAAGAAUUCCAUGCAAGGUCAAGUUUGGGGAUCUUAUAGAAAAAAAUUAUAUUUUUAAAAUAACUGUAUGGAAAUGAUACUUUAAAUAGGAUUAUAUUAAGUGAGAAGUUGAUCGAGAUGAAUUGACUGGAGGGUAAAUAAGUUAUUUAGCAGUUAUCUAACUAUGACUGUGCAACUUAAGUAUAAAUAGAGAUAUAUAUUUAAAAUAUGUGACACUAUAGUGUCAGUCUUCGGCAGCUUUAGAAAGCAAACUGAUUGCUUUGUAUUUAAAGAGGCCUACAAUCAAAGUAGGAAAGUGUGAUUCUUGUCUAUGCACAAACAAGUUAAUGAAAUCUGUGAUAAAACAGGGUUUAGAAAAGGAUGUCUGCAGUUUUAUAAAGUUGAAUAAAUGAUAAGGGAGAACAGAAGACUUCAGUGAUUAUGACAGACUCUCCAGUGUGGGUUUUUUGACUAGUGCUGAUCUUUGGGAUGUGCAGCCACACAUAGUACCAUAUGGAAGGAGAAUAACUACUGUUAUUUAUUUAUAAGUACUUGAAACACACACAUUACAUUGUUUUUUUUUUUUUACAUAGCCCCUGACUGUACAGAAAUGUGAGAUAUUGUAACCAGCUGGCUGUGUUUCAAGCUGGCAGAUGAAUCAGAAGUUUACUGUAGUUUAUAGACUUGGCACAUAGCUUUUCAGAUUGUCAUGGGGCACCAACUUCAGUGUUUUAAAGCUCAGGAUAGGUACACACCAAACACAGGGUUUAAAGAUUUGGUUGAUCGUGAAUCUUCCAUAAGGGAUUCAGCUGAAUAUAUAGGGUUGAAAAUAAUACGUGUGUAAAAUUUUUUUAUUAAUGGUAUAAUAUAAAGUCACAUAGUUAUAAGGGUUCGGAUUUAAUUAAGCCAGGCACUUCUAUUAGACUGAAUUGGAAUUCUGCUGAAAAUGGCUUGGAUUUUGUUUAAUCACAAACUGAAGCUAGUAUUCAGUGCAUCCCUAGUACAGGGUGCUACUACACACAGAUCCCCAUGCUCACUGCCUGCAGCCCUGUAGAGUUUAAAUCCUGAAAUUAAAGCUUCUGCAUAGGCUUUUGUGUCAUCUUUAAAAGGGCUAGUUGCACCUCGAGGACAUAAUCUUGUGCAAAAGUUUGCACAUCAAGUGGAUUUACUUUGAACCUGAUCUCCUGUCUCUUGGCUUAUUAUCCACAGUAGUUGUAAUUAGAUUCUGCUUUUAAUGGAGAAAUAAACUCAUCAAAUAAUAUAGCUAGAAAUACUAUAUUUGAUAUACUGUGCCAGCCCACAGGUUCAGUAGCCAUGUAGCAGUAAUGAACCAAACCUGACUCAUUGGCAGUUAACAGAUCCAGAUGAUUAUAUUUUUAAUAAGAUGGAGUUUGUCCCUUUUAUGCAAACGGUUACCUCCCAUUAUUCCUUGUUUUGUCUGUUAUUUUAUUUCAUUUAAACAUUAACUGGUGCUAUUGUGUUAAAAGGCUGAAUAUAAUGAAAAGACUGUAAAUAUUGGAGUAAACAAAAAGCCAGUAUA